AGUUGCUCGACACUCGAAUUGUCGCGAAUGCAACAUUAUUGUAGUGUUGAAACUAUAAUAAAAUAUUUAAUAAACUUUUAAAAUAAAAUCCUACACCUAAAUUUACGAUGCACGUUGUGGAUUUACCUUUAAAUCAACAAAAUUUGACGCAUAUACUUGACAAACUAUCAGAGAAUGAGGGUAAAAUAGAAAAGACUUUGGAAAACAUACUUUCAAGACAAUGUCACGUAGAAGCAAAGCUUCAAAAUAUAAGCAAGGUGUUACCUAAUGUUAUUGUGAUACGAGAAGGAGGUGAAAAGUUCUGUAAUAUGAUUUCGCGUACUAACGAUUUGGCAGAGAAUGUAAGUGCCAAAGUAAGGCAGCUGGAUUUAGCAAGGAGCAGAGUAUACGAAUGUCAAAGAAGGGUCAAUGAUAUCCUUGAUUUGCAAUUGUGUAGCGAAGGAGUAGCAAUGGCAUUACGUAACGAAGACUUUGAACAAGGAGCUGCACACGUUCAUCGUUACCUGUCAAUGGACCAACAAUUGUUAGAACGAACGGCAGAAGACAUUUCAAUGGAUCAUACUAAUAUAAGCAGUUCUCUACUUACUUUACAACAGGCAGCUUUCCAGCUCAGAACUGUUGUCACGCACAAAUUUGAUGAAGCGGUCAAGUCGGAAGAUCUUGCAUCUGUUGAAAGAUUUUUCAAAAUAUUCCCUUUAUUAGGAAUGCAUUCAGAAGGAUUAAAAAAGUUUUGUACUUACCUAUGCACAAAGCUGCAUGAAACAGCGCAAAAAAAUUUAAAAUCAGCUUUGGAGAUGAAAAGUAACGACAAAAGGGCAUCUGUUAUUUUUGCUGACACUAUGACACUAUUGUUCGAAGGAAUUGCUCGUAUUGUGGAAAUACAUCAGCCAAUAAUUGAAACAUACUAUGGUCCUGGAAGACUAUCCGUAACAAUUUCUAUUUUACAAAAGGAAUGCGACAGGCAAGUUAAAAAGAUUAUUACGGAAUUUAUGAAGCACAGAUGUAUCUCUAAAAAAGUACAAAUGGUAAAUGACUAUCUUCGCAAACCUAGUUCUGAAAGAGCAGAUCCUAAAGAGUUUGAUUUAUUACUGGGAGAAAUUACUAUAAUGCAUUCACGAGCAGAAUUAUAUAUUCGCUUCUUAAGAAGAAGAGUAAAGAACGAUAUAGAAAUUAGCACGACGGAUGAUACGCAAUACGAAAAUUUAAUGAGUGAAUUUGAAAACAUAGUAAACAAUUCCGAUUUGGCGCGUGGGAUGCAAGAACUGCUAGGCGCUUAUCUUGCAUUGGAAAGAUACUUCCUCGAAGAAAGUGUUAAUAAAGCAUUGGGAAUAGAUACUCUAGAUCAAGAUCAACAAACGUCUAGUAUGGUCGAUGAUGUUUUCUUUAUAGUGCAAAAAUGCAUAAGGCGUUCUAUGUCUAGUUGGAGCAUCGAUGGUGUCUGCGCGGUAGUCAAUAUGGCUUGUGGUAUAUUAGAAGGAGAAUUUGCAAAUAGAUUGAGAAACCGACUAAGACAAGGCUAUCCAGUUGGAUACCUAGACUUGGCUCAAGCUUACAGCGCCCUUCAAACAAGUAUACAACAUGGCCGUCUACAAACUUCCGACACAGAACUCGCGCGUCUAACGUUUUUGGCGUACCUAAAUAACACCGAUGUUAGUAUCGAGUACGUUGAAACGCUAUGUAAAAGUCUCGGCGCUGAAAUAGAUUCAACAUUCCCUAACAUGCAAAAUAAAGACAGGGGUAAAAUUGAUAGCUGUUUGUCUGGUUUAAAAGGCGUCAUGUCAAUUUUACGAGCUGUUACAGAUUACGGUUUGGAACAACUACGCGUGAGCGCUGUUAAACCGCGAAUCACACCGUGGGUCGAUGCAUUUUUAUCGGUGGAUCAUCACGUGAACGAGGACGAUUUAUUACGAUACGAAACCGAAGAACCUUUUGUUCAAACUUUAGUUAUGAAUUUAGAAGGGUUACUCCAAAGCUUUAAAGGCAGUUUAACGACGUCUAAUUACGAUGCCUUAAUUGGCCUUCUCACCGCCGAGGUAACGGCUCGUUUGGAGAAAGUUGUAUUAAAAUCUACUUUUAACAGAGCAGGAGGCCUCAUACUCGAUAAAGAAGUAAGAUCAUUAGCAAGUUACUUGGCUGCCGCUACCUCGUGGUCUAUACGCGAUAAGUUCGCACGAUUGACACAAAUAGCUACUAUCUUAAGUGUAGAAAAAGUAGAAGAAUUGAUCGACUAUUGUGGUGCAGAUGCAAUAGCAUGGAGACUAACACCUGCGGAAGUUCGUCGUAUCGCUUCCCUAAGAAUAGACUUUCGUCCAGAAGAUAUAAAAAGAUUAAAGCUGUAA